AUAAAACGGGGGUUUUGGCCCUUGGGUUCUGGGUUUUCUCGACCGUAGGAGAAGAAGCAGCGGCGAAUGAAGAAGCAAGGAGAUUUGUGGGAUGAUUCAGCCCUCGUUAACGCCUUUGACGCCGCCAUUUCUAAGUAUAAGAUGAUGCACGUACAAAACAAAACCCAGAACGAUUCAAUUGAUGGAGAAACUAUUUCUUCUGCUGCUGUUGACAAAACUGGUGCAGACAUAAGGGAGGCGGAUGAGAAUGGUAAUGUCUUGUCCAGCAGGGCAACAGAAUUGGGAGAUACAAAUAGCCUUGAACCAAUUAAAGAAAAUGAUCCUGUAGAUACACAUUUACCUGAAACCUAUGUAGAUACAUCUAAUGGCAUGCACAUGAAAGAUUCACAUAAAGACACUUUGUAUUCGCAAGCCACAGAGAACUAUAGCCAAUUAAUGGGCCAGUAUUAUGAGAUAGAGGAGAAGAGGCAAAAGAUUCUACAGCAGCUCCAACAACUUGGCACUUCUAAUUACCAAUAUUCUGGAGACGUUUCUGGUUCGGAAGUACAGUGGGGUGCUUGGUCCUCUUCCCAAGAAAAUCAAGUCUCUGCAAACCAAGCUUGUCACCCAACUGUAGUCUGCACAUGUUGCCCAUAUGUUUGUCAUUCCACUCUGACUCCUUGUUCCUCAUUUCCUGCUUGUUCCUUAAGCACGACAUGUGUUGGUACUGCAUUUAAUGAUCCUUCGCUGAUGACGUGUUCUGGAAGGUCACUUCCUUGCAUAAAUGGAGAUAUUGUCAAAACAGCAAUGGGAGCUGCAGGGAAAGCAAUAUCUUAUAUGAAGAUGAAACCUUCUGUUGGUCCUUGUAAGGAUGGAGGGAAUGAUAACGCCGAAGAAAGUGAAAGGCAAAUGGCUCAAACCAAAAGCUCUGAAACAGAUCUCAGUGUUGUUUUAAAUGCUUGGUAUUCUGCAGGCUUCUACACUGGCAAGUAUCUUACGGAGCAAUCUGCAGCAAAGAAAUGACACAGCUAGGAAUUUAUUCCUCAACAGUGAUGUAACAAUAUUUAUUCAAUGCAUGGCAUGCAAUUACCAAUUGAAGUGUCUUGUGGAUCAUCAAACAGUUGAUGGCAUCAAAACAAAGCAAUUGCUGGGAUAUAGUUUUGGCAGUGAUCUAUGCAACGUCUUGUUUGAGUUCUUCCAGAGGAAAUGAACUAAGCGGGGCUUAUGGUAGCGAUGAAUUUUAUGCUCAUCUUCCUUUUGGAAGGUCCAUGUGUUUCUUUCUGUUAGAUUUUUCAGUGGCUGAAGUGUGUAGAGAUUCAAGAGUAGCAAUGAUCAAUUUUGUUGACAGGUGUUUUUUUUUUUUGAGAAGAAAAUUGUUGACAGGUUCUUAGUUUUUAUAUGUAAUCUCAAUUUGUAUUUGUGAAAUUGGCUUUUGAGCAGGAAAUUGGAUUGGUUUUGUAAUUUUUCCAAGAA